AAUAUAGACUUUCAAUGUAGCAAUGAAAUGCAGGGCCCACCGUUGUAUGGAUACCCAACCCGUUCUUCCGUGACUGUCAACAAUACCCGUCUUUGUCCACCUGGACAAGCUGCGUUGGAAAACAGAGGUAAAAUGUCUCCUGAUACAUGUUCAUCUAGUCUGACUACAGGGUACAGACUUGACACGUGUGUGUAAUUUGUGAACAGGAUUCAGUACUUUGGUGCUCGUAUUGAUGCGAAGUCAUCAACUUCCUGGUCAUCCUUCAUUCGCCAGGUGUAACAAAGAGUUGCUUGUUGACAGCUUCCUCUGAUCUAAGGAACUCUGCCAGUAACUCCGUCAUUGAUCUGAAGGGCAAUAAUCCACACACAAACGCCCAUCAGUAAGUCGCGCAGCCGGAACAGUUGGACAGGCAAAUCCAUGUUAUUACCUCCCACCACUGGCACAGAAUACAAGGUCACCAUGUUCCUUUCUAUCUGCGUCUUCAUAUCAUUCUCAGUUAGUGUGUUCACCGAUGCGGAAUGCGGCGUUCGUUCAUUUGGAGAACUGUGUGACAAGCCUUGUCCUUUACAAUGCGCUGUUCCAAAGAACACAUUUGACAGAUUCUGUGACUUAAACAGUGGAACAUGUCCUGAAGGAUGUAGAAGAGGCUGGUAUAACAAGUAUUGCAAUCAAACCUGCAGCACUAACUGCUCGAAAAGUGUCUGCAAUCAACAAAAUGGGCACUGCACCCUCGGCUGCAUUGACAACUAUAUUGGACCUUUCUGUGACACUGUUCCCGACACAACAACUGUGACUCCCGAAAACGAAACUACGUCAGCAGGUACUUACAGCAGUGAGUGGACGAGGACUACUACCACAGAACCUCCAUCAGAUGGAUCAGUCCUUGCUAUUUCCUUGGCAAUAGCUAUCACAGUUUGUCUCUUCAUUGUGCUUGGGGUAGUUUUCUGCCCAAGACGUAAAAAGAAGCGUCAACCUGAUCCUGAGGGUGGCCAGAGACUACUUCCAGUUUCAGCCGCAAAUCUGGAUGGCAGUCGCCGAGACGACACCAUGCUGCAUAGCGCCUGUAGAAGAGGGACCCUUGCUCAAGUCAGACAAAUUGUAUCUCACCAACUGGUGGACAUAAACAGCAGAGGAAAGUGUGGCUGGACACCAGUCAUGAUAGCAGCUGAGGGGGGACGCCGGGAACUAGUUGACCUCCUUGUGAGACAAGGGUGUGACCUGUCACUGACAGAUGAUGACGGUAACACUAUCCCUUCACGUGGCUUCUAUCAAAGGACAUUUGAAGAUAGUGAGAUAUCCUCUCAAAGAAAGAAGUUGAUGUAAACAUUACAGGACACUGUAACAGGACAGCAGAUGAUGGCGGCAGCAAAGGUUUGGGCAUAGGAAAGUGUUUGACUUGCUUGUGAAGAACGGAGGUGACCUUUCAACUGUUGGAUUCAGAUGGAAACAACAUCCCUUCACACAUUGCCUGUAUCGGAGGACAUGUGGAGAUCGUGAAAUAUAUCCUCAACAACGUCAGUGUUGAUGUUAACAGCAGAGGUCACAACGGAAAGACACCGCUGAUGUUUGCAAUAAACUUUGGUCAUGUGCAAGUCUUUGAACUGCUCGUAAGUAAGGGAUGCAUCUUGCCAAUAGUGCAGGAGAACGGGAAAAAUAUCCUUCACAUGGCAUGUGUAAAAGGAAAUGUUGACAUGGUGCAGCAUAUCCUCAAGAAAAACAUAGUUUCUGUGGACCGAAGAGAAGACGGUAUGGGGAAGACUCCAGUGAUGCUUGCUGUUAGUGUGGCCAUACAGACGUAUUUCAGCUGCUUGUGAGUAAACAGUUAACCCGACAUACACAAGGUCUGUCACGGUGGAAACAACAUCCUUCAUACAAGUUGUGCCCUGGGUCAUAUCGACAUUGUAAAGUGUAUUCUGAAAGAAGGUCGUGUAAAUGUUGAUAGUUGUGGACAAAACCAGAUGACACCUGUAAUGUUUGCUGCACAGAAUGGACAAAGAGACACAUUUGGUUUAAUUGUGAAUAAAGGAUGUGACAUGUCGCAGGCGGACAAAGACGGAAAUACCGUCCUUCACAUGGCCUGUAUCGGAGGACACAAGGACAUUGUUGAAGAUAUCUUGUCAAAGGAACUUGUUGACAUCAAUAGUAGAGGACAGUCUCAGAGGACACCGGCAAUGUUUGCAGCAGCACGUGGACACCAGGAAGUGUUUGACCUACUCGUCAACAGAGGAGCAGACCUGACACUAGUUGACGGAGAAGGUUUUGGCGUCCAUCAUCUGGCCUGUAUGGGCGGACACUUGCCAAUGGUGGAACAUAUUGAGAACAUUAUUGGUGUUCGUGACAGUGAUGCACUUUAACACAGAUGUACGAACAGACAGUCCCAGUUACAUGCUUCGUACCAAUGAUCUUACAGCAUAUUCAAGCUGCAAUAUGUGUGAUGUACUUUAACACAGAUGUUAGAACAGACAGUCCCAGUUGCAUGCUUCGUACCAAUGAUCUUAUAAUAUAUUCAAGCUGCAAUAUGUGUGAUGCAUUCUCGUUAGUUGUGUGGUCAAUUUGAUUUCAAUAUAUCCUGUCAGCAGACUGCAGGUUUUCUUUAUAGAUAUAUCACAUGUACAUACUCGAAGUUGUUAGUUCGCAGUAAAGUGCGUCGAUACAAGGAACAUUUCCUAUAUCUGACACAACUUACAGAAAACAUCAAUUCCUCAAUAUAUGUACUUGAGAAUUGCUACGUAAGCGAUUUGCUCUAAAGAUGUUCUUUGAGAUAAAAAUUUCUCACAAUUUAUGGGUAUAAGAGACAAACUCAUGUGCCUUAUCUAUUUCAAUAAAAGCUAUUAAGAACUGCAUGAAUUUGAUUUUGAAAUGUGAACUGAUGCCAUAAAAAUCUAUAACAUUGA